AGACCUACAACUUAUCUAUGGGUUGUGUUAGCAAAGGGGUUUGUGCAGCCUAAUUGUGCUUUAUGUCUUUAUUGUAUUAGCCUACUACAAUUGAUAACAAAGAAAAAUAAUAGAAAUGAACCAAUUAAUCGAUAGCUAAUUAAUAUGAUCUAAAACAGCCUGUUAUAAAAUAAUGUUAAGAAACCCGAGGAAGUCCGGUGCUGUUUCGUUUACAGCAUGUUAUUAGGUUUCGUUUUCCAAUCGUAAGAACAGGAAACUCAUGCCGAAUGCAUGAAUAGCCGCGACCAACCAAGUCCAAACUUCAAAGCCGUGUUCAACUUGGAGUGAGAGGCCAGUGAAUAGGCUACAGGGCGUUGAAAUGGAAUCGGCGAUAGUCAAAUAUCUCUGUGGGAACCUCGGAUCCACAAACAGGGAUGAACUGGUGGCCAACUGUGUGUUUGGUGACGCCUCGACGGUGAACGAGAUCAUCAGCAACCGAGACCGGUUCGCCAACGCGCAUUAUAAUGGAGAGAAGCUUCUGAUCGCCAAGACGGCUCUCCGACUGUGCAGAAGGCUGGUGUGCGCUGGACCUGGAUGCAGCAGUUUACAUCUCUGUAAAACAUACCUGUACGGCGAGUGCCAGUUUCCUGGAAGGCAGGCCAGGUGUUCUUUCUCCCACGACCUCCACUCCGAACACAACGCCGGACUUAUGAGAACACACGGCUUGGAAGAUCUGGACAAGAAGGAGAUAUGUGUGUUGCUGCUGCAGAACGACAUGGACCUGCUCCCCUCUGUGUGCUUCGACUACAACAACACCGGAUGCCAGGAGGGCUGCAAAAGGAUCCACAUCUGUGAUAACUACCUGCGUCGUAACUGCUGCUGCUCGCUGGCCCACGACUUCUACGAGCCGCAGCCCUUCGAGGUGCUGCAGAAGAGCCGCAUCCCCAACGACCUCAUGGCGGCCAUGAAGCCGCUGUACAUCAACAAGAAGGUCCUGAGUGGCAUCGAGCACAAGGCCAAGAAGGCCGGACAGACCAAUCAGGUCCCUGGGACCGAGCUGGAGCUCCAAGAGGUGGAGCUGGUGGAAGGAAAAGACCGCCUCGAGAACAACGACUAA